AUGACGGACGACUCCCCGAUCCAACGGCUCUCAGACCAUUUGCUUGCGAGAAUCCUCCAUCUAGCCUCUGCACUCGGCAGGUUCCAGCACGCGCUAGUGUUCAAGAAGUGGUGCGACGCGGCGUGUCGCGCGCAGGAUGCCGUUCAGCUGCGCGCCGACCGUCGCAUGGACGCGCGCCGACUGCUCUCCGAGCUCUCGGCAUUCCCGAAGCUCACAGAACUCAUCCUGUCGGAUCGCAGCCUAACGCCUAUUCCCGAGGGUUUCCUCUCCGCCCUAGGCGCCAAGCAUCCCGAGCUGAUCAAGUUCCACUUCCGAACCAUGUUCGACACCGCCGCGCGCAUCGAAUGCUUCACGGAGCUCACACUCACACGCUUGAGUAGCUUGAAAUCACUCCCCCGGUCGUUGCUUGAGCUGCCUCGGCUGCGGGAUGUGGUGGUGGACAAGUGCAGCAAAUCGGAAGAGACCAUUAGCAGUGUAUCUUGGUUGGCAACAUCUGCAGUAGCCGCAGAAGCGGUGGUGGCAGCAGCAAUUCGGAGCGGAGUGCAGUGCAUUCAGAUUGGCUCCCAUGAUUUCCUUUGUGCAGGCCCUUACCUCAUCUCCUACUCCCUGCUGCCCUGUUCUGCCUGCUACAUUCCCUCCAUGCCACACUCCUCCCCCCACCUCUUCACCCUCCAUGUCCCUGUCGCGUUCUUCCUAUUCUUCCAUGUCCCUUCCUUCCCAUACGUCCCUGUCAUUCCCUCCCCAUACGUACUGAUGGGGCGACCUGAGUACGUAUCCGACGAGGAGGAGCGCGAUGGCGAUGCAGUGACGGCGCUCGGCGAGUGCCGCGAGGAGGACGAGGAGAGAAGACCGCAGGAGGAAGGGGCGGAGGAGGAGGGGGCGGAGGAGGAAGGGGCGGAGGAGGAAGGGGCGGAGGAGGAAGGGGCGGAGGAGGAAGGGGCGGAGGAGGAAGGGGCGGAGAGGGGAGGGACAGCGGAGGAAGGGGGUUCAGGGGACGAGGAGAGCAAUGACGAGUUAGGGCAUGAACGGGCGGCUGCGAUUGAAUUUGGUGCUGUAAAGGGAGAAAUGGCGGGAGAAGACGAUAACGAGGAUGACGAUAGCGAUUCGGACGAUGCGCCCGAGGAGUUCACUCUGUCGCAGGGACGCGAACGGGUUUCGCAGCAGCGCCAGCAGGAGGCGGAAGCCCGCCGCAUGGUUGCCGAGGCUGACAGAAAGGUUCGGCAAAAGCGAGCAGGCUUGGCAGCGAAGGGAGAGGAGGGGGAGGGAGGGGAAGAGGGAGACGGCGAGGAGCGGCGGAGCAAGGAUGCGGGGGGGAAGGCGAAGCGCAGGCGCGAGCUGGAGGGACGCGCGGAUAGGCGCACGCGGCGGAAGGGGGCGGCGGAGGGGGGAGACGAGGCGGCGGGGUCGUUGGUACCCGCAGAGGCAAGGGACGGUGCUCGGGAGGAGGGGACGGAGGGCGGUGCGGGAGCAGGGGAGGGGGAGGGAGGGGCGUUGGGGGAGGGCGCGGUGGAGGGGGGCGACUUGCUUCCCGCGGACGUGAUUGCUGCCGUCACACGGCGCCAGCACACCAGGUUCACAGAGGCGCAGGAGGAGAGGGAGCGGGCGGCAGUGAGGGAGAAGAAGCAGCGGGCGGGGCGGGGCGGCAGCCGGGGGAAGGAGAGCCACACAUCGGCUGUCAUCGGCACGCGGUGGGUGCUGUGGUCGGACGGGGCCAUAGUGAUCCAGGCAGGCGCGCCGGCGCCAGAGGGCGAGGAGGCAGCACGGGCCAUCAUGCGCGCCGCCCAGAGCUUUCGGCACGGGGUGCUGUUUGGGCGGCGGCAGCGGUCGGUGGCGGCGCUGGGGUUUGUGGACCCCAGGGCGCUCAAGGUGGCGGGGCAGUGGCGCGCCCACAAGCACCUUGUGGCCGGGGGUGCGGGGGGUGCGGGUGCGCAGGGGGGUGUGGGGGUGAGGAGGGGAGGCGCCAAGAAGAAGGGGAGGCGCAGUGGGUGGUGA